CAACAACAAAAAAAUUGGGCGUUUCUCUUGCUGCGUGCUUCCUGUAGACGUCAUCUUUGUUUGAGCAUAAAAACAACGAGGUGGGCGUUCAGUUAGGUGCUUUCUUUGCUUUUUCUGCAGAAAGUUUCGAAAAUGGUGCAGCAACUAUCCAAAUCUGGGACGAGAGAGGCUCCUUUGCUGAAAGGUGGACAUCCUCCUGCAGUUAAGGCAGGCGGUAAAAGGGUAGCCAAGAAAGGCUUGGAUGACAGUGCCACCCAUGGGACUCCAGAGAAAGAGAGCAAGAGGUCUGAUAAACCAAGGUCCCUUGCCACCUCCAACAGAAUGCAACAAGUCAGUAUUCUUCUGGCAGGAACUCUUGACAAGCUGAGCCAUGACUUUCCAGAGACACCAGUGAGUGUGAGGCACGGCAAGGUGCGCCCUGCAAUGGAGAAGCCCCACUCCCCCCGGUCCUUUUGCAUCCAGCAGCCGAGGAAGUUUUGAACAACAUUUGUUUAAGACUGGCCCCAGAGGGGAACCAUGUCCAGUCAACUGUGAAAGACAAACAUGAAGGGUUAGACAAUUGAGAGGGCUGACAGGUUAUCUGUAAAGUGUCAGUGUUAAUGGAGUGCAAGAUUACGUCGAGCUCUUCGUUUACUUUCUAGGCUGUGCGAGAAUGUGUAUAAACCAGCAUUUAAUGUGCCUUUGCUAGUGUUAAGAGAGAUGCUUUUGUAUUUCCUUGUUGAUGGUGUUCGGUAUGUUUAAUGUGAGGGUUUUUCAAACUUUUUUUCUUUUUUCAAUUAAAUCUUAACCUUGUAUUGCUUGGCACUUAUUAGAUUUGGAAGAUAAAAUAAAAUCGCAUGGCAUUCCUAGUUUGCAGAUCUCAUUUUUCCUUAAUGUGUAUUUGUAGUACUUAGCAAUGACCACUAGAUGGCAGCAAAUAGUUUAUAAAUGUUUAUAACGUGGGGACCUUUGUGUACUUUACCAAACUAAGUUUAUUAAACAUUUACAACUUUC